AUGGAUUCGUCGUCAAAUGGAGGAGUGCCACCUGGGUUUCGUUUUCAUCCGACGGACGAAGAACUUCUCCAUUACUAUUUGAAGAAGAAAAUCUCUCACCAGAAGUUUGAGAUGGAAGUUAUCAGAGAGGUUGACUUAAACAAGCUUGAGCCAUGGGAUUUACAAGAGAGAUGCAAGAUAGGGUCAACUCUUCAAAACGAAUGGUAUUUCUUUAGCCACAAGGACAGGAAAUAUCCGACGGGAUCAAGGACAAACCGUGCUACUCAAGCAGGGUUCUGGAAGGCGACGGGACGUGACAAGUGCAUAAGGAGUUCUUACAAGAAGAUAGGAAUGAGGAAGACUCUUGUGUUCUACAAAGGAAGAGCUCCUCAUGGGCAAAAGACUGAUUGGAUCAUGCAUGAGUACCGUCUUGAAGAUGCUGACGAUCCUCAAUUCAACCCUAGUGUAUGUUUCUUAUUUCGGCAUUCUUUGCAAAAUUUUAGACUAUAA